CAACAGCUGAGAGGACGUACGGGACCAACAACGCCUGGCAACACUGUCUUAACUUCCAUUUCUGACAAACCUUGAUGUGCUGCAACCACAAGUGGAUAGAUUAUCGUACGGUAACAAGCAGGUGGGAAAUAACUUAACGUACAUCAGCCUAGAAGAAGUGGAUAACUUAUUCUUCACGAAACAAGCAGGUGGGGAUAUUUACCGUAACCAAGCAGAAGUACAAAUACUUAGUAAAUAGCCCUGGUAGCAGUGGAAAACGUAUAAUACAUAAACACAGGAAAAGUUAAAUGGAAAACUUAUGGAAUUUAACUCGGAAAAAAGGUGAAAAUAUAUAUUGUCUACAACACAGAGAGAUGUGGAACAUUUAUCAUACAUAAAUCAGGAGAAAAAGAAACCCAGGAGGCAGUAGAAAUUUUACCACAGAAAAAACGCACAAGAAAGAAAUUUACCUUACAGUACAUAUGAGUAUUCCAGGAAGACGAGAAAAGUUUAUCGUAUACAACUUAAACAAAUAUGAAAACUAGCCAUACACGAACUAGGCAAGAGGUGAAAAGUUUUUGUACACUUCACGUGAUAUAAUAUUUUAUGAAACUAAUUCUUAGUUUGUGAUACCUAAUUAAAUGAUAAAUGGUAGUGCCAUGCAGCUAUGAAAUGUCUCUUUUUGUUGACAUCCAGUAACAAAUUCGCAGAGCCACACACCCAGACUCAUAACCCAGAUCAUUGUUGACAAUUUGUUGUUAUACUUCACAAAAGGUAACGCCCCAAGACCACACAUCAUUAAUCUAACUGUGUGAGGUCAUUGUCAAGAGCUAAGUGUUCACUCCUCUGACCACUUUUGCCAUAAGUCUACAAUCCACUUCAUAAACUAAUACUUGUCUCUUGGUGACCAUACUGAGUUCACUACAAAAUACCUCACUAAGAGAUUUUGAGCCUUUUGAAUUCACUAUAUACAGUCACACAAUUACUCUUUCUGAAAUAUAGUAAAAGACCUCCCAUAGAGUUUUUUAUCCACUCUCUCUCUCUCAGCGUUCAAGGACUCCUGCAGCGCCACUAAGAUUCCCAAGACCUUCACGAUCAAAUUCCAGUUCUAAAAUAUAGUUCCUCGAGGCUUACUGCUAACAAGUCACCUCGAAGCCUUCUACUGAAACAUUCAAAUCACCUCCUAAAGCUCAUUAACAACACUUCUAGUAACUCAUUGCAAAGACGUCCAGUGUUCUCAACUGAAAGUGAAAUUCUUGGCGUUCUCUAUCAAGCUUCCCAGAGGACAGGAGGCACCAGUCUUCUUUACCUUCGUCACCAUCUCAAGGACAAGGAAAAGGUUUACCCUCGGCCACCACCACCAAGAUACUGAAGCGCCAAAACGCUGUGUCGGGGACUUCCUCGGCUGCCAGGCUGGGCGACCUCGGCUGUCAGCGGGCCAUGUCGGUAUUCCGGCAGGAAAGCCUGUCGGAGGAAGUGAGUCGGGAGAGCGCCUCCUUCACCUCUGUCGCAGGAGGAGGAGUCGCGCUCCACUUCAAGACUUCCACUUCGUCCUCUUCCACCCAGACCAGCAGCGAGACAGUUGUACAGCGUAUGGUGGGUGCUGGUGUACAGACGUCAGGUAACGGUAUGGGCACCACGAGUGGUGUGGGAGUACCAGCGUCAGUGUCGAGCACCGAGAGUCAACCACAGAGUCCCCACACCUACACCGUCAACACCGCCCGCACCGCCCUGGAGUCCCCACCAGACUGGAUGCCUGGCAGCGGGGUGGACCCAACUGUGAGUGAUGCUGUGGUUCAAACUUUUUGCACCCCGCCCUCCCAUAACGAGACGACCUCCCAACCCGCCCCCAUUAAAGUGUACUGA